AGGACACCCUUCAGAAUCCCCACGGUUUUAGGUGUCAAUCUUUUGUUGCAACCCGACGAAAAGGACGACGACUCAUUUUGUGUUACUCAUCUCAUCUCAAGGAAAGCAAAAAGUUUCAAUGGAUUCCGUCUGGCAAAACAUCGUAACCGCGCUGGAAGUUGAUCCGGCAGUGGCGGACCAGUGGCUAGCGAAGCUUAAAGAGCAGUACGGCCAACCGGGCAGGCACUACCACAACGAGCAGCAAAUGUUGGCGAAAAAGUUGGAACACCUCGCUGGGGCCAGCGUUUGCCUGCAGCUGGCAACGCUCUUUCAGUACUUCCACUUUGAUGCUGGUCGGGAUUGCGCGGCGGAGAACUGUGAUGCCCUCAAGGAAUUCCUGGCCAGUGCCAGCGUAGACAAUAAAGCCUUGAUUAACAACGUCCUGCGACUGCUGGGGGAUGCAACGGUGGAAAGUUCCGAUUUGCCCGACGACGACGUUGCUUUCUUCCAGGAUUUGGACCUGUUGAUUUUAGGACACCCCCCACAAGAGUACAAGCUGUACACGGAACAGCUGCGCAAGGAAUAUCCCGAACCCGCUUCCUACAACAAGAUGCGGCUGAAGAUUCUACAGUCCUUCAGCCGGAUUCCGUUCAUUUAUGCAACGAAGGAAUUUGGAGACCGAUACGAGCAAACUGCCAGAGCUAACAUUGAGAGCGAAAUCAAGGAAUUGGAAAGCCUGUAAUACUUUGUAAUGUAACAAGUAAUUUAGCACACAUGCGUGUGGAAUAUGCACUGUUUAUCGAAUAUAGCGAAAUAAUAAACAAUAUUGAAUUGAUUGAUAAAUAUAUUGACGUGACCUUGAGAA